AUGGGUAAUACAUUUAGUUUUAUGUCAAAUGUAACAGGUAGCGAAAAGUUAUCAUCAUUUAAAAUUCAAAAAACACCAACCUAUGACGAGAUUUCAAGAGAAUUAUCAGAGGUUUUAGUUUCAAGUGAAUUAAUUGACGAUAUUUUCGAAAGAUGUUGUUUUAUGACAAUUGAUUUCUUUUUUGAUACUUAUAAAUCUGAUGAUACUUUAAAAUGUCAACAUAGUCCAACAAAAUCAGAAUGGUUUUUUACAUGUUCAAAAUGUUGUUUAGCAAAUAAUUCAUGUAUUUGUACAUUAUGUUUUUUAAGUGGUAAUCAUAUUAGUGAAGGACAUUCAUUUUCAUUAUUUGAAGCGAAUCAAGCAGCAGUAUGUGAUUGUGGUAAUUCAGAAGCAAUAAAGAGGGAAGGAUUUUGUAGUGAACAUAUCAAUGUUAAUGAAAUUUCAAAGAAAGAACGUAUUGAUAAAUUACCAUUCUUUAUAAAGAAAGAUGUUCAUAUCUUCUUUAGAUACCUCUUUCAAUAUUUACAAAAUUUAUCAAUUAAAUCAACAGCUGCUGCAGCCACUCAAAAAAAUACUGAAAAACUUGAAAUUGAAGGUGAUAUACAAACAAUCAUUAAUUGGUUAUCAGAGGUUUGUAAAGAAUCUUCAACUUUAAUUCAUAUUAUGGCUGAAGAAUUCACUCAAAGAGUAUUAGAAUUUGAAAAUGAUGAUAAUAAUGAAAAAGUUGAAAAAGAAGAAGAAAAAGAGAAUAAUUCCGAUGAUGAUGAAUAUUAUUAUAGUAAAUUUAAACUUUAUCAACAUAAACCAUUACCAUAUAAAAAUGAUAAUGAGUCAAUUCAACAACAAUGGGAAGGUCAUCAUUUUUUAGGAUAUAUUUUCUCAAAGAUUGAAUUAUUAGAUCAAUUUUUACCAUUGUUAGUGUUAUUAAUUGAUAAUCAUAGUGCAUUCAAGAUUGUAUUAUUUGAAGAGUAUUUAAAGAAUUAUAUAAGUAUCUUUUCACCACGUGAUUCAAAAUCAUCAAGUAUCACUCUAACCAUAGCAAGUUUUUAUAUGGAGAAUAAGAUAUUGGUACCCUUUUCAACGGGUUACUCACGUCAUAAUGUAUUGGAGCUUAUAUUGAGAAGUCAUAAAACCAUCUAUGUACCAUUGCUAUUACCAUUCUAUCAAGCCGAUAGUAAAGUUGAGAAAGAGGUAAUGUUACAAAGUGAUUUAAGUGCAUUCACCAAACUAAUGAAGAAUCCAUUGGUAGUGAAAUACUUUUCAAAACAAGAGGAUAAAUUCAAAUUACUUUUUGAAUUUGCUGAGCAAUUACAUAGAUUUACAUCACCACAAUUUGUAGAUCCAUCCAUUACCACAACUAAAUUCCUACUAUUAAUGGAGCAUCGUUUAUUACUUUCAAUUAGAUCAAUGUUUCAAACUGCAGAAUCAAUACGCGACCAAGAUCCAGAGUUUUAUCAGUUUUUAACUGAUAAGGUUACAGAGAAUCUAAUUACAAAUAUGGAAAAGAUUAAAAAGAGACCAACAUUUGAUAGAUGUGGUAUGCAAUUACCUCAUCAAGAUUUCUUUCAAAAGUUUACCUACUCUGAAAUUCCAGUACAUUUCCCAUUGUAUAGAAUGUUAUCGACAAUGUUGCUAAUGACUAAAAUGGAUCCAAUGUUGUUGAUUAGUAAAUACAAUUUCCAAGAGGCAGAUAUAAUCGAUAUGUUAACCACUUUAUUACUCUUUAGAGUUUGUUAUGUCUCUUAUGAUGAUAACAACUCCAUCGAGAAUUGUACCGAUAUAACCAUGGUGUCUGAUUUACAUAUGAUUCAAAUUUCAAUUUCUCUAUUGGGACCAAGAAAGUUUUUAUAUAUUUUCUUUAAUGUAUUAACUUCAAUCGAUACGAAUCCAGCUGCAUUCACAGAUAUUUUCUCAAUGUUUAUCGGUAGCUUACAAUUACGUGCAACCUUAACACCAACCAAACAAGACAUCGUCUAUAAUUUACUUCAAGGUGUAUUCUCUGGUAUAUUUUUCAAACUACAUUUUAGAUCAUUCGAUGCAGUGCUAUUGGAUGUUACAGAGGAUCAAAUCAAUGAUAUCUACUUACCAGAGAUAACAGGUAAAGGUAAUCAAGCAAAAGAGCUAUUAAAUAAUGAUAUGUGGCAAUAUUUCGAUCCUUAUUAUCCUUUGUUUUCAAUAAACUAUAGAAAUUUAAUUAAAACCAAUGCAAAAGAUAGAUUUAAAAAGUAUCAAACUCUAAAGAAAAUACCAGAAUCAAAUCCAUUACCACCAAUUAUGGAUCCAUUACCUUUGGAGUUAAGUGGUGUUUCAGAGAUUUAUAAUGAUCCAACUCUAUUUGAAAUCAUUCUUUGUGUUGUAGCCGAUUGUGUUUUCCCUUCAACUUUUGUUGGUUAUGAUGAUAGCUUUGAAAUGCAACCAAUCUUAAAAAUGUUAAUUUCAAAACCUGAUACAAUCUUAAGUGAAAUGUUUUAUAUCUUUGUUUUAGGCAUUAAAUCUUUUAAAGAAUUCACUUUACCAAAAUUAACUCAAUCUGAAAAACAAUUAAUAAUUGAAACUAUUUUUGAUUAUUUUAAUUCAACAACAACAACAACAACAACAACAAAUCAAGAAGAAAAUAAUGAUAAAAAAGAUGAUCACAAUGAUGAAAAAGUAGAAAAUCAAGAAAAUCAAGAAAAUCAAGAAAACCAAGAAGGAAAAGAAAAAGAAUCAAUUGAAAAUGUUGAAGAGAAAGAAGAGGAUAGAAUUAGAAGAGAAAAUAAUAAUAGUAGAUUUAAAUUUGAUUUUACAUUAAAAACAAAGAAUAAUUAUGCAAUUUAUAAUUUAUUAAGAAUUUAUAAUGUUGAAAUUGAUAUUGGUGUAAAAGAGAAAUUAUCAUUCUUGGAUAUUUUAUUCAAAUUUUGGGAUUUAAUGACAAAUAAAUCACAAUACUUGGAAUUACGUUCAAGUUUAUUAUACAUUUUUAAUUUCCUUUUAGAAUUUGACCCAAUCUUUGAAAAAGUAUUCAGUGAUAAUAAAAUCGAUUUAGUACGUGAUGUUGAAACUUCAGCUCAAGAUGAAUUGGCUCAAAAGAAACUAAUGGCUGAAAAGAAAGAAAGACUUUUACAACAAAUGAGAGAACAACAAAAAUCAUUUUUAGAAAAUUAUAAUAAAAUUUUAGUUGAAGGUGAUGAAGAAGAAGAAGAAGAAGAUGAUGAUGAUGAUGAUAAUGAUGACGGUGAUGAUACUGAUGAAAAUCAUUAUGAAAAUGAACAGGAUAAUUAUAAUAAAGAAAGUGAAGAAAAUCAAGGAAAAGAAGGAAAUGAAGAAGAUGGUGAUAAAGAUGAUAAAGAUGAUGAUGAUGAAGAAGAAGCAGCUCCAUUAAAACUUAGAAAUACAAUUAAAGCACCUGAUACUUAUGAAAAUGAUGAUGAAGGUUGUAAUGAUGAUAAAGAUGUUGAAAAUUUUGAAAAACAAAAAGAACAAUCAACAAUUAAUAUUGAAAUUCAAAGUGGAGGUAUUGAUGAAAAUGAAAUUAAUAAUGAAAUUACAAAAGAAAAACAAAAUGAAGGAGAAGGUGAAGAAGAAGUAGAAGAAAUUGAAAUUGGAGAAGAAGAAGGUGAAGAAGUUGAAAUUAAAGUUGAUGUUAAGAAAUCAAAUAAAAAUAAUAAACAUCACAAACAUGAAUCACGUAAAAUUGAAAUUUCCAUUGAAGAAGAAGGUGAAUUUGAACCAUGUAUAAUUUGUAAGAGUGGUGAAAGAGGUGGUAGAUUAUUUACAAUGGGUUAUAUUGAUUUAUCAUCAGUUAAUCAUCAAAAUUCAGUUCAAAAUAAUUUUAAUUUAGCAAAUGAUACAGAGAUGGGAUUAGAUCCACUUUAUCAACAUUUCAUUGAAACAUUCUAUCUCACCGAUAUUAAACCAGGUACAACUCAUUACAUUCCCUACAAAGAUGAUCCAGCAGGUUUAUUUGCAUGUUACAUUUUCCAAAGAAGUCCAUCCACUUAUAUCUCUAGUUGUGGUCAUAAUAUUCAUAAGAAUUGUUUGGAUAAAUAUGUAAAGGAACAAGAACAACAAAAGACUGAUGAAUUUAUUACAGCUUUCAAUUGUCCACUUUGUAGUAGACCAUCAGAUUUCAUUUUACCAUUGGGUGAACCACUAGAUUCAAAUCAAUAUAGAUCCGAUGCAAAUGAUAUGUUCACCAAGUUAUGUUAUUAUGAUUUCUUGGUUCUAAUGGAUCCUGAAAAAAAAUAUAGUAUCGAUAAAUAUUUAUGGAAAUUCGUUUUACAAAAUAUUGAAACUUUGGAAUUAAAAUCAAGAAAAACAAAUCUAUACUCUCAAGAAGAUUAUUUCAUUAUCUCUGAAAUUGAUUUCCAAAAGGAAUUAACUACUACCACUCGUUUAUUCAAUGUUAUUACUUCGGCCAAUGUUGAACCUGAUCAAAUCUUACCAAUCUAUGAUCCCUCAUCUUUCUUUAUGGAUCCAUUCACAAGUAGUAGUUAUUCAAUUUUCCUCUCAAAAAAAGAUCAUUUGUCUUUAAUUUUUGAAGGUAUUUCAAAAUAUCUCUUCAAUGUAGUACUUUUCCAUUGCAUAAAGAAAAGGGUUGUACCUGAAAAUCAAUUAAAUAAUAAUGUUCAAACUCAAAAACUUGUCGAAAAUGAAUUUCAACUUUUAUUUAGUAACAAUAACAAUAAUAAUAAUAAUACAUCAAUGGAUAAAGAUAUUGAACUUGAAUUUAAAAAUCAAAUUCAUCCAUACAUUAGAAAAGUUUUAAUACUCUAUUCUUUAAUUUCAAAUACGACAAUAAUCGAUACAAAAGAUGAUUUCCCAACAGUUCCUUCAUCAAGUACACCAUUGACAGUUGAAUUAUUAUCAGAUUUCGAUAAAUGUAUUGGUUAUUUCGGUUAUUCAAAUGUUCAAUCAAUGUUUAAUCAUCUAUUAAAUAAGGAUACUUUUGAAUUAACUCUUAGUAAAUUUAUGAAAAAGAAGAAAAUUACAUCAACCAUCUCCACAACCCCAACAUUAUAUUGCUCUUAUCCACCACCAUCAGACUAUAGAUCAUUACCACGUUUCAUUUCAUUGCCUGAGAAAUUUGUGACCUUAAUGCAAGAGAAUAUCUGUGCUGGUAAUUGUGAUUGUGAUUCACUUUUGAAAUUGGUUUGUUUAUUAUGUGGUCAAAGUGUUUGUACUGUUAAUGCUUGUAAAAAAGGUGGUGCCGUCAGUCAUUGUUAUGUUUGUAGUUCAACACCUUUAGGUUUCUUCCAUUUAAUAGAUAAACCACUCAUUCAAGUUUACCAUUUCCAAUUUGGUUCUUUUAAGAAUUCCUUCUAUACUCAUAUCUAUUUAGAUAAAGAUGGUCAAAAAUCAAGUACUACCUCUGUAGAAAUCUCAUUAUCUCAAAAGAGAUUGAAAAAACUUUAUAAGUAUUGGAUGGAUACAACAAAUUCCAGAAAAUUUUUAAUCACAAAAUAA